GGCCGGCGACGGCGGCGCGGGCCGGGAUGGAGUGAGGGGCGCGCGGCGGACGCAGCGCAGGCAGCCGGCCCCCUCCCCCCUCUCUCUGGCCCGGGCCUAUGCGGCCCCCCAGAGACCAUGGGAUCCAGGAUCAAACAAAAUCCAGAAGCCACCUUUGAAGUGUAUGCAGAAGUAUCCUAUUCAGGAAUCAGUUGCAUUGGGAAAGAUCCUGAGGUGCGGAGGCAAUUCCCAGAGGACUACAGUGACCAGGAAGUUCUACAGACUUUGACCAAGUUUUGUUUCCCCUUCUAUGUGGACAGCCAUGCAGUUAACCAAGUGGGGCAGAACUUUACAUUUGUGCUUACAGACAUUGACAGCAAACAGAGGUUUGGAUUCUGUCGCUUAUCUUCUGGGGCCAAGAGCUGCUUCUGUAUCUUAAGUUACCUCCCAUGGUUUGAAGUCUUUUAUAAGCUGCUCAAUGUCUUGGCAGAUUAUUCAGCAAAAGGACAGGAUAGUCAAAGGAGUGAGCUUCUAGAAACACUUCAUAAACUUACCAUCCCUGAGCCAGGAACCUCUGUUCAUCUUGGAGUGCACUCUUACUUCACUGUCCCUGACAUGAGAGAGCUUCCUAGUAUCCCUGAAAAUAGAAAUCUGACAGAGUAUUUUGUGGCAGUUGAUGUCAACAACAUGCUGCACCUCUACGCCAGUAUGCUGUACGAGCGCCGCAUCCUCAUUUGCUGCAGUAAGCUGAGCACUUUAACUGCCUGCAUUCAUGGGUCUGCAGCUAUGCUCUACCCGAUGUUCUGGCAGCAUGUUUACAUUCCUGUCCUGCCCCCACAUCUAUUGGACUACUGCUGUGCCCCAAUGCCCUACCUCAUUGGAAUACAUUUAAGUUUGAUGGAGAAAGUAAGAAACAUGGCCCUGGAAGAUGUAGUGAUUCUUAAUGUAGACACCAACACACUGGAAACCCCUUUUGAUGACCUUCAGAGCCUUCCUAAUGAUGUGGUUUCUGCACUGAAGAACAGACUGAAGAAAGUUUCUACAACCACUGGAGAUGGUGUUGCAAGAGCAUUUCUAAAAGCACAAGCAUCUUUCUUUGGGAGCUACAGAAAUGCCCUGAAAAUUGAACCUGGUGAACCCAUCACUUUCUGUGAAGAAUCAUUUGUGUCCCAUCGUUCUGCUGUCAUGAGGCAGUUUCUUCAGAAUGCCAUUCAGCUCCAGCUCUUUAAGCAGUUCAUUGAUGGCCGUCUGGAUCUUCUUAACUCUGGUGAGGGCUUCAGUGAUGUUUUUGAAGAAGAGAUAAAUAUGGGAGAAUAUGCAGGUAGCGACAAAUUGUACCACCAGUGGCUCUCUACAGUACGGAAAGGAAGCGGAGCCAUUUUAAAUACAGUAAAAACCAAGGCUAAUCCUGCAAUGAAGACUGUCUAUAAGUUUGCAAAAGAUCAUGCAAAAAUGGGAAUAAAAGAAGUGAAAAACCGCUUGAAGCAAAAGGACAUUGCUGAGAAUGGGUGUUCUGCAGCACCGGAUGAGUCUCUGCCAAAGACAGCACCUUCUCCAUUGAGUGAAAAGAAGGACCCUAAAUUAAGAGAAGACAGGAGACCUAUCACAGUACAUUUUGGUCAGCAGCAAAGACUCCGUCCACCUCGGCCACCGCCUCCAAAGAUACAACGUUCAUCUAGGCCCGUUCGCCCACCAAGACCUCAUGUUGUUAAGAGACCCAGGAGCAAUAUUGCUGUGGAAGGACGAAGGACUUCAGUCUCCAGUCCAGAACACCUUGUAAAGCCCAUGCGACACUAUACAGUCUUCCUCUCUGAGGACUCUUCUGAUGAUGAAUUUCAGCAGGAAGAGGAUCCUGUCUCUGGCUUCUCUGAAAACUUUUUCUUCUCUGCUCCUUUUGAAUGGCCUCAGCCCUACCGGGCGCUGAAGGAGUCUGAUAGUGCUGACGGGGAGGAGGCAGGGAGUCCAGGGAAACCAAACGAGACUCUGCCUCCCAGCCCCCUGCUCUCAAGCAGAGACACAGAAAUCAACCUCCUUGAAGACAUUUUCCCCAGCUUAGAAGUUGAAACACAACCUCAGCCUCUCAGCCAAGCGAAGAGCCUCGAAGACCUGCGGACUCCCAAAGAAGAGGGAGAUCAGCUAUGCACGUUUGAUUACCAGAGAAUGGAUCUUGGUGCAUCCGAGAGGAACAGGAUUGUGCCAACCAUGAAGCUGUCUCACCCUUACAACAAGCUGUGGAGUAUGGGUCAUGAUGACAUGGCUAUUCCUACCAAAUAUUCCCAAAGCUCACCAGAAAGGCCCUUGACUGCACUUGGUAAUAUACCAGCCAUCACGAGGAGACACCAGAGCAGAGACAGCAUUCUGGCUCCUGCAGAAAAGGAUGAAUCAAAUCCUGCCAUUCAGGGGAAUAUCACCAUUCCUAGGCCACAGGGAAGAAAGACUCCUGAACUGGGGAUAGUGCCACCACCACCAGCACCCAGGGCUUCCAAGCAUCAGACUCCAGCUGUGCCAACAGAAAGUCUCACUACCCAUGCUACAGGACGUAACCAUUUGGUUUCAGAUCUUAUCCCACAGCCCUUUGGAGCUGGUAGCAUGUCCCUAGACCCUGAAACCCAGCAGUCUGUUAACUAUUCCUCGCAUCCAUCUCGGCUUUUGUCCAGUGCUCCCAGCACUGCUGAGAUGCUCCAGCCUGUCAAGGUGAAGACAGAUAAUGCAGGUAAUGAAAGUGACUACCUUCUUAAUCUCCUGGAUCCACUGAAAACAGCUGACUGGCAAACCAGUGUCCCACAGCAAGGUCUGCAGAGCUCAGCCACUCCACCUUCUGCAGCAGGAUUUGCCUCAGUGGCAGGUGACUUUGUGCCUCCUCCAGCUGCACCAUUUGUCCAGGCACUUGGUUAUCCUUCCCCAGCACCACUACCUUUUUUACAACCAUCUCCUAAUCCAUUUACACAGACUCUGCCAGGAGCCCUUUCGGUGUCUCUAGUCAGACCCCCAAGAGGCUCUUUCACCCCCUCUUUAGGUCACGCUUACAGCUCUAGCUUCAUAACACCUCAUUCUACCUUCUACCCACCACAAAGACCUCAACCACACAUUUCUACACUAUCCAUGCCAAACUUGUUCAGCCAGGCUCCUGCUGUGCCACCAGCCAGCUCCCUGUUGCUGCAGAGCCACGGCCCUUCUCCAGCAGGCUCUCUGCAGCCAGCAGGUUUAAGUGGUCCUUCUAAAACCAGAACACUGCAGGUGGGCCAGUCCAGCUUAAAGGUAGAUCCCAAGAAAGCACUAGCUUUCCUGUCUAAUGAACCCCCUUUGAUCCCUUCCAGGCCAGCUAAGGGCUUAGAGUCAGUGUUACUGUCCUCAAAAUCUGAGGAGACAAAAGAUCCAUUUGAAGAUUUGUUAAAAAAGACAAAGCAAGAUGUGUCAUCCACACCAGGUAAGGUUGAGCAGCUCAGAAAGCGAUGGGAAACCUUUGAGUAACACUCAAUGGCCUUUUAAUGUCCCUUUGGAAUUGACAGAGGGGUUUUUUUUUGUUUUUUUUGAGCCAGCAUAAAACCAAGCAUUUCUUUUCUGGAAGGCUGAGCCAGGAUGGCUGCUGGACCAUCACUGUUCUGCAGUUGUCACACGAGUGCUUUUUACCCUGAGUUCAGGUUCCCCCAUUGUCCUGGUCCCUGCAGCUGCUUCCUCACUCUCCACCACUGAAACCCCCGAGAAGGUGAUUGGGUUUGGGUUGGUUUUCCACAGGAAGCUUUUCAGACAGCACUGCUCAUGCAGGAGUUCCUCCUUCCCUUCUGUUGUCAGUCCUCAGCACAGUGGGGAACGGGGAGCAUGGUCCCCAUGUUCCUGCCUUUUUUGUCACACCCCUACAGCUGUAAGGAUUUGGUUCACAUGGGAAGUGUAGUUGCGAAACCCAGCCUUGGAGGCUGUGCUGAAUUGAUCCGUUAGGCUCUGAGUUUGUCCUGUCUGGAAACACAUUCAUUCAUUUAGGUUAUACCUUUGGAUGAGCUUUUGUUGCUGAUUUUUCAUUUCCCUCCCCCAGGACGUUGACACUGAGAGGUCAGAGGGGCCUCUCUGGUGCAGAAUUGUCAUCAUUGCUUGCUGCAACAAAAACUUAGCACGGGGCAGCUGCCCAGGGUUUGGUCCUGCAUCUCUUUUGGGAAACUGGAAACACCAGCAAUUUAUUUUCUUCUUUGGGUUUUUGUUGAUUUGUUCUUUGUUUAAUACAACAGAAAAUAGAGGUCAUAAAGUGUAUCCUAGUUCUUCUAUAAUGUGUAUGUUAAUAUUAUAUAUAUAGUAUAGAUGGCAGUAUAUGAAUGGGAUGUAACAAUAUCUUUAUUAUUAUUUUAAAAAAAUAAAAGCAAUUGGAUGUUUCUCAGACACUUCUCUGUGGCAAUAGUAUCCCAGGAAAUUUCAUCUUAAUCUCAGCAUCCCUUAUAAAACCUGCUGUCAUUGCAGUGAUCUCUUUUCUGAUUGACUUAAGUGGUGCUUUUUUGUUCUGUAUUUGGCCACAAUCUGAUGUAAACCAUGUCACUCUAGAACAGGUAAUCACCUCACCAUUAGGCCUUUGAAAAAGGAAAUAAUUUUGGACAGAUGGGGAAAUUCUUGCAAAGCUUUAUCUGAUUUCCAGUGUAUCUAUUUUAUUCAUAUAACCUUGGAAGUUUUCUUACUCUGAUGUAUGGGAAUGGCUGUCUGUGCGUUUGAGUCUGUGCAAUACAAAAGAAAAAUAGUCUUAAUAUCUGAAAUGCCAGCAGUUUGGGAAAGGACAUCAUGUAUUUCUGUAAAGUACUGUUACCCUGACAAGCCAUUCAGUUGGACUUGUAUUUUCUUUUUGUGUUGGAAGACAGAUGGUUUUAGUAUUGCAUAGUAAAAUAUUUAAAGUCUA